UGGGAAUGGGAACAGGACAUACUAGAGUGUGACUAUUUGGGGGUUGGGGCUGAAGGCUGACUUGAGCUUGGGUCUGGGUAUUUGAGCCUGAGGAGGCUGGACAUUUAGGAUCAGAGUACCAUGGGUUUUAAAGGUCAAGACUGGAGCUUAGAGACUAGAGUCGGGGAUAUUUGGUGCUGAAGCCCCAGCUCUUUGGAGAUGGAGUUGACUCGUCGGGGAUGGAGGUCAGGACUGGGGUUGUGGAUGCUUGGGACUGAGGAUCAGCGCUGAGAUUUGGAUCAAGGAGAGAGAGAAAGGAGGUCUGGAUUGGGGCUGGAGUUCAAGUCUGAGAGUCUACAAAACUGUAUCUGCAUAUUUGGCGUGAGAGAUCACAGGAUCUAUGGGAAGAAUAUUGGAGCCAGACCUGGGGUCAGCCCAUUUGGGAGCAAGAAGUGCCUAGACUCGAGCUUUGGUCUGGGGAUGUCUUGGACCCCCUGUGUAAUUCAUCCUUGGACCACCUCUGCCAUAUCUUCACUGCCCAAGUAUCUCUUCACUGUCUCUCUGUCUCUGUCUCUGUCAGCAUCUCUGCAUCUCCUUCCAGCUCUCCAAGGAACCAGGAGCGACUAACUCCCAGGAUCUGUCUCUCUAACUCUUUAUCUCUGUUUCUCACAACACCACUCUUACCUCGGUGGCACUAACCCUUAGACUACCCCUCCCAGAUUCCCUGUGCCUAUAUCUCUCCCACGCAGCAUCUCUCUGUCUCUCACUAUCUCUCCGUCUCUGUCUCCCCCAGUAUCUCUGUCUCUGUCUCCCCCUCGCUGGUUUCCGCUCAGAUUAAGCCGGGGACCUAAUUCCAGGCCCAGGAUCGAAUUUUCUGGCAACAAAGGGAAAUAGCGAAUCGAUCGGUCGCUCCGGAGAUUAAGAGACAAGCGGCGCGCGGAUCUAUCACGGCUAAACGGCCCCCCCGCCCGCUCCCCCCGCCCCGCCGGCCCGCGGAGGCCCAGACGCGCUCCGCAUCGCCAAACAGCCUCAGGAGCCCGAGCUGCCCGGCAGGCCCAGGCUUCCCCAAGCCCUGAGCUAGAGCCACGGGAGGAACCUGACAGCUCGAACUGGCUCCUGGGAAGACAGCACACCUGUGCUUCAGGGCUCGCUCUACCAUGGACUGUAGCUGUGUCUCGGACCUUCUCUUCGCCCCGCCUGCCCUGCCGGCUCUCUGGACCCCUGGGUUUGCCUUCCCAGAUUGGGCCUACAAGCCCGAGUCAUCUCCUGGCUCCAGGCAGAUCCAGCUGUGGCACUUUAUCCUGGAGCUGUUGCAGAAGGAGGAGUACCAGGGCGUCAUCGCCUGGCAAGGGGACUACGGGGAAUUUGUCAUCAAGGACCCCGAUGAGGUGGCCCGUCUAUGGGGCAUUCGCAAGUGCAAGCCCCACAUGAAUUAUGACAAGCUGAGCCGGGCCCUGCGUUACUACUACAACAAGCGCAUUCUCCACAAGACCAAAGGGAAGAGGUUCACCUACAAGUUCAACUUCAGCAAAGUUGUACUUGUUAAUUACCCACUGCUGGAUGUGGCUGCUGCUGCCACAGGCUCCCCUCUCUUGCUGACCCCUGGGCCCUUUGCUGGGGCACCUGGGCCAGAUGCUCCACCCCUGACCCCUGAGACCCUGCAGAACCUGUUCUCUGCCCCACGCCUAGGAGAGCCAGGGGCUCGGACACCCCUAUUCACCCCAGAGACGGAUAAACUACGUCUGGACAGCCCCUUCCCAUUCCUGGGUUCUGGUGCCACAGGCUACUCCAAGCCGCCCAGCCUGCUGGGUCCUUACGGCCGCGCCUUCCCUGAGUACCCCUGGAACUUCAACCCAUACCUCACCGGCCCCUUCCCCAAGUUGCCCCCCUCUCUCUACCCACCUCACUUCUACCCCAACCCUUUGGGUUCCCUGGGCCACCUGUCUGCUGCAGGAGCAGGGGGAGGGCCCAUGGCUGCACCCCUGCUUGCUGCGACAGGGGAGGGCCUGGGCCCUGAGCGCCCCUCCGGGCUGGCAGUGGCCCCUCGCCUGGCACUGCCAGGGGCUGGAGGCCCAGAGGCCACAUUGGCUGGGAAGGAGGACAGUGACUCUGAGCUGGAGGUCACGGAUGUCAGCGGCUGCAGCUCUGACAGUGAGGGCGAUGAGGGUCCAGUGUCCCCCAAGACCAAGUCAGGCAAAGGGGGGAACGGCAGCUGAGCAGGUGUAGGGUGGAUCCUGCUGGUGACCAGGGCAGUCAUCCAUGAAGCUUCUACAUGGUCUGCCCUUAACACUAGCGCAAGGCCCAGGGCCAGCCCUUGGCACCCUCCUGGCCAUUUCUAACCCCCAAGUGGAGGUCACACCUUCUCCAGAGUGGAGAGCAACAGGAUGGCCUCUAGUCUCCUCCCAGGUUCUGAUUUGAGGGGGAUAACCGCCUGGCCCCACUCUCAAAGUGCAAUACGGCGCCCAGCCUCCCCUGACCUCCUAUGUGCUGUGACCUGCGUGUUCGUGUGGCAGUGUCCCCAAUCCAGUGCCAGCCCCCUCUUGAAAUCCUCCCACACAGGUCCCCUUGGGGACAGGGAGAUCAGAGCAAUAACCCCGCCCCCGCCCCAGCCCCACCCAGGAGGGGCCCUCUCCCCACCGGCUCCCGUUCAGAUCCCACGGCCACCUCCAGAGUUUACUACAAAAAUAAAAGAACUGAGUGUGCGU